GUCUUCUUGCUCGUGCUUUGUCUAACGCGCUAUGGCGACUAAUUACCACAACAAGUAAUUACGUCCUCGUCCUGCUGAGCCAGCGAUACUAUUCUACAGUCAGUAUAACAUGUUAUAACACAAGAUAAUACACAAAACUUGCCUUCAGAACACGAGGUUAUCAGCGUCUUCAGGUUGAAAUGCUUGGCGCUUAAUAAGUACAAUGUCAGGAAAAAGUAUUAGGAUAAUAUGCAAUCAUUACACGCUCUCUGACGGUUCCUGCAAAUGAUCCCAGGGAAUAUCUAAAAAUAACGCUAAAUGAAGUGUGGAUAUUUUAUUGCGCUAAUUAAUUAUUCAAAAUUAAUUGGAAUAGGGGUGCGCAUGCUUCUGUGUGAGUAAAUUGAACUCUGGGAUAGAAAAUGGCUACUUGUCAAACAGGUGCCCGAAAUUAGAAACAGCAUUAUCUUGAAGAAAGAGUUACCAGUACCUAAUAUCAGUCAACCCUUGCAGAGAAAAUAUUUUUUAGAUUCCAAAUUAUUGAGUUGAAUCAUGGAUGAAAAGUUUGUUGACAGAACAGAGGUUACCCUGAAAACACCAAAAAAACAACACCUUACAAAAACACAGAUCUGUUCAAAGUUAACAGUAGAUGUUACCAAUGGUCAUACAUCAUCUAAUAAUACAUCUCCCAUCUCACCUUGUCUAGCAUCAUCUAUGUUAACAGAUGAAGAUAUGGAGCAAGCUGUCUUCAGUACAACCUCAAUAGAUAAAGAAAACAAAGUAUCAACCGACACGAAUCUCAAACUGAAAGCCAAGGAUCAUGCUUUCACAAAUAUCUCUUCAUCUGUCGAAGAAGAUCCAAGUCUCAAUACUGUUCCUGUGGCUUUGUCUUCCCCUAAAAAGGAUGAAGAAGUUCGCUCCUAUUAUACUCCUGGCUUUGCUAUUAGGGCUUGGGCAUUUGAAGAUAUAAAACACAAGAGUGAUGAACCUGAAUCUAGUAAAAUUACACAUGUAGAAAGUAAAGAACGUAAGACAAGUGUUACAUCAACACUAACUGUUAACAAAAACAAAGAUUUUGAUCUGGAAAAGCAAGAAAAGCAAAAGACAGAACUUUCUUCUUUAACUUUUAACAUUGGUAAAUCCCCUAAAAAAGAAACAAGUAUUGUAGCUGUGACUAUGAAUAAAACUGUUGAAUAUGAUCUUCAGGAUAGAUCACCUCAAAAGAAAGAACUGUCACAAGCCACUUUUGCUAUUGGAAGGAAGUCUAGUUUUGAAGAGAGGUCAGAUACUGUGACCAAGUCAUUGCUUGUCAGUACUGAAAGCAUUGAAUCCUCGUCAUCAUUUGACUCUGUGUUCACUAAAAAUCUUUCAAAAACAGAAGAGUUGAAUCAAAGAAAUUUACAAAAGACAGAUGAAGUAACAUACAACUCCAAAAACAAUACUUCAAAAUUUGUAAGUCAAGAGCAUGUUACUUCAACAACAUCUAUAGCUUCCCAAGAUACAAAAUUAAAUACAGUUGUCACAGAUGAAUGGGUUAUAAUAUCAGAAGAAGAAAAAUUCUUAAAAGCAGAAUCUAACACAACCAAAGGAGAUAUAUCUACAAUUGUUUCAAAGUCAUCUGUGGAUUCAGGAACAAUAUCUUCAUCUCCUGUUCAGACCAAAAUUGUAGCAAUUCCUGUGGAAGUUGAAAGAAAAUUCUCUGUUGGACCUGAUACUGAAGCAAAGUUGAAAGAUUCUGGUGCCCAGCUUAAAUCUGAGAAAUCAUUUACAGAUGUUUAUUGGGACAACGAGGACUAUUUGCUUACUUUAUCUGAUUGCUGGUUAAGACAACGAGAUUCAGAUUGGCAGAUGAAAAUUCCUGUACAUUCUGAUCCAAUUUUUGAUGUGAAUACAAAAUACCAAGAAUUGACAAAGGAAAAGGAUAUUAUCAAUUUUAUUGCUAAUAAAUUAACACUCAAUUUGGGUAAGAAGUCUAAUUUAAGUUAUUUACUCGAGAAAGCUAAUCUUGUUGAUUUUGCAACUAUAAACACAGUGAGAAAGUCAUACAUCUUAGAUGGGUGUCAGGUGGAUCUGGAUAGCACCAACCAUGGGUUCCAAGUUGGAGAAAUAGAAGUAGUGGCACUUUCAUCAUCUGAAAUACCAUCAGCACUUAGAACAAUCGAUAAAGUUGCUAAAAAAUUGGGGUUCGAUUCCAGUAAAAGAGUUUCUGGUAAAAUGACUGACCAUUUGAGGAGAAACCACCUCUUUCUGUACAGAUUAUUAGUAGAAAAUGGUGUCCUAUUUCCGGGAGACAUUACCUGAAAAUACAUCAUGCAUUAGAUAUGCUGUUAAUUUAAUUAAAACACAAGCCAAGAUGAUAAGAGUUUUGGAGUAGUUUAACCCACAGGUCACAGUUGAAUCCAAAGCAAGGUACAUACAUGCAUGUACUAAAACAGACCCUGGUCACACUACCUUCAACCUAAUGUUACUGUCCUACUCUUCCUGAAAUAUGUACUGUUUGAUAAGUAAGACAGGUUUUUAUAGGAAGUGAUUUUCAUUUCAUAUUACUCUGCUGUAAGAUCACUGCUACAUCAUAACCCUGCCCCACUCUGGAAGUCAGCACAUUAUUGUUAAAUGGCAAAUUACUCAUUGUCCAAAAGGUAACAAGGGUUGGAAUAUAAAUGAAAUGAGCAGAAGAUCUGAGUACCAUUUGAAUGUCUUGUUCUUCUUAGAAGGACAUUUCAUUCAACUUUUGUGGUUCCUAAAUGGUGUAUGUUUAGAUAUCUUCAAAACAAUGUUUAUCGUAAUAACUUGACGUAACUGGCAUGAUUAGAAAGUUAGUUGAACAUUGAAAUGUUUUACUGAAACAUUGUUAUUAAAUAACAGCGAAGUAUAGUUAUACCCAUAUACAACUUGUGGUGUAAUAUAAGUAAUACAACUGAAAUCAUUUACCAGAGUUUAUUGUCUCUAUUAGUUGUCUCUAUCAAAAAUAUGUGUACCACGAUGAUAGAAAUGAAGCUUAGUUUAUGAGAAAGAUUUUAUAUUCAUUAAGAAUCUCAUUUGAAGUCUCUGUGCAUCAUUUGUAUAUUUUGGAAAAUAUCAAAUUUUCCUUAUUUAAAAUUUAGUUAAGAAAAGAAAAUCAAAAUAUCAACUGAAGAUGAUCUCCCUGCUUGGAUUCAGUCGAAUCAUCUGCAGUCUAUGCCGAAUGUUGACAAAUUUUCAAUUCAUCAUUCCUAAAUUCCUCAAAUGAUGUUCAGAGACUGUAAUUUAAAGAGGCCAUAUUUUGUCUCCAGGAAAUUAAAUAUCGAUAAUUACAUCAAGGUACAUCAAGAAUUGAACUCGCCAAAUAAAUGGAAAGAUACUAUGAAAAAGCAAUGGUUACUUUACAAUUAUGCCAUCUAAGUGAAUAUUAUAUACAAUCUGUAUACCUAUAUCUUGUUAGCAGAUUGGUGAAUGUAACUCAGAUUUUGCACAAUCUAAUAUUAUCUAAUUCAAUUCAAUGGCCAUUUAAUAUCAAAUUGCAUAAUCUGUUUUUCUAAAUAGUUCACUUCAUGUGAUAAAUGUAGUAAGAUGAACUCCUCUUCAGAGAAUGUACCUUAAUUGCAUAUAGAUCUAACAUGAUGACACAAAUGAUAUUAAAUUUUAUUUAAAAAUUGCUAUAUUAUAUUAAACAUCCACAUGGAAUUGCUUACCUUAAUGUUUAAACUAUAUGUCAUUUGAUUCAAGAUGAGAAUAACCCAAGCAAUUAUUGUAAAAAAUUUAUGUCUGUAAUUAUAUUUUAACAAAGGUGAUAAUUAUGUUAUAUCUCUAUGAUCUUGGGACUUCAUUAUACCUUAAUAUACUGUAGAAUCAAAUAUUUAGAAUUGAUGUGGGAAUUGAUUUCAAUAAAACUUUUAAGAAUUGUAAGUGCAAGCUUAUGUAUGUGUAUAUUAAAUUGAAAACACAAUUUACUUAAUUUUGAUUACUCAUAUAAUGGUCUAAUCUACUCUAAACCAUCAGUACCAGAUAUUUUUAGUCUGUGUAUAAAAUUGAAUUCAUAUAUUUGAUAUCUUGAUGAUGUAUACUUGAAGAAAUUUUAAUGCUAGUGAUAUUGUUAUCAUUCCGAAACCUAUUCUGUUGUGAUAAGUUAUAAUAUAAUCUAUCCUGCGCUUUCAAACACAUUGUUUACUAUAAAUUCAUUAAAUUGUAUGUCUUUAAUUAUGCUUCAUUAAUACUGUAUACUUACUGUUUGUACAUUGUGCCUUAUUGUUUGUUUAUGAUAGUUAUGUUAAUGUACAUAUACAUUAAAUAUAAUAUUCCAUAGUCCCUUUUCUCCAUACGCUUAUUAAAAUUGAUUCAUUUGAUUAUAAAUUUUUUGUUACCUUUUGCCAUCCGGUUAGUAUAGUAUUCUGAAAAUAUGGUUUAAAUAUCCCUUUAUUAUAUACUUUGUCAAACAAUGGUUGUGGCUUUUAUAGUUUUGUUGCUGUUUAGAAUAGAUCAUAUUAACAGAUCUGAUAAACAAUACCAAUGAUUAAUAUCAAUAAUAAAGUAUAGGGCCUCCGUAGUAUGUAACUAAACUGCCAGUUGGAAGUUAAUGGAAUAAAUCUGUUAAAAAAACUGAUUAAUACAACCAUUUAGCACUACUUACUAGUUGAUCAUAUUACCAAAUAUAUUGAUCACUACCAUUUAGCACUAUCGGUACUAACUACGAACUAGUGGAUCAAAACAGAUGAUCAGUACCGUUUAACAGUACCAUCAAGUGAAUAAAAACACUAAUGAUCAAUAUAGUUUAACACUACCAACUAGUGGAUCAAAACAAAUGAUCAGUACCGUUUAGCACUACAAAUUAGUGGAUCAUAUUGACAAAGCUUAUAACUGCCACCUGUAGACCAUAUGAAAAUUGAUAUCCACUGAUAGUUGCCACUACCAACAGGAAAGUAGUAGAUCAUAUUAAAACUGAUAAGCACUUCUAACAGAAAGAUAGAUAAAACUGAUGAGCACUACAAAUUGAAGGUAGUGAAUGAUAAUAGGAACAGGAAGGUAGAUAAAGGUGUUGGGCACUACCCCAACAGAAAUGUAGUUAAAACCAAUGAGGACUACCAACAGGAAGGUAGAUAAAACUGGUGAGAUGAGCACUAACCACAGGAAGGUAG